AUGUGUGACAAACCUUUCUUUUAUAACCCCGAUAUCGAUACGAAAAUUGCCGGUUUAUAUGAUCUACAACAUACAAUUAGACGAGGACAUUAUGCUGUUGUGAAACAAGCACGCCAUGUAUUUACUGGUGAGAAAGUUGCAGUGAAAGUAAUCGACAAGACCAAACUAGACAAUGUUUCACGAGAUCAUUUGUUUCAGGAAGUUGUAUGCAUGAAACUUGUUCAGCAUCCAAAUGUGGUUAGAUUAUAUGAAGUUAUUGACACGCCAACCAAAUGGUAUCUCGUUCUUGAGUUAGGUGACGGAGGAGACCUAUAUGAUUACAUAACAAGUCAUGGCGAUGGUCUGAGUGAAAAAGUUGCAAAACGGUAUUUUCGCCAAAUAGUAACUGCCAUUGCUUAUUGCCACAAGUUAAGAGUGGUUCAUCGAGAUCUAAAACCAAAGAAUGUCGUUUUUUUCGAGAAACUGGGUUUGGUUAAGUUAACUGAAUUUGGAUUCAGUAAUAAAUUUAUUCCUGGCACUAAUUUAGACACAGCUUGCGGCUCGUUGGCUUACUCAGCUCCGGGGGUAUUGCUUGGUGACUCAUACGAUGCUCCAAAAGUGGAUAUUUGGUCCUUAGGUGUGAUAUUAUAUAUGCUUGUCAGCGGAAAUUUGCCUUUUCAAGAAACAAAUGAUAGUGAAACGUUAACGACGAUCAUGGAUUAUGAUUAUUCCAUGCCUUCACAUUUAUCACCAGACUGUAAACGGCUUAUUUCUCGAUUACUAAUACGUGAUCCACAAAAGCGUGCUCAUCUUGAUGAUAUCCUACAAGAUGACUGGCUAAAGCUAGAUGGUAAUGACUUACCUAUUGAGCUGUUUUCUGUCCCCUUGAUAUCUCGUGAACAUCUUUCAUUUGAAGACCAUAUGGAGAUUCUAUCCAAAAUGGCUGAGGGUGAACUGGCGUCUGUUGAUGAAAUACAGUCUACUUUAGAUCGUAAUGAAUACAACCACAUAGCUGCUACAUACUACUUACUUGCGGAGCGCAAACUGAAACGUAACUACAUAGAAGAAUAUAAACGGUUAGCAAGCCAGUCUCAACUAAUUGAAAAACGAAAACAAGAACAACACAAAUGUAUCAACUGUGUGUUUGGACUAUCUGAAAAUGCAAAACAAGUGCAGAAUGUUGAAAACAAUAUAACCCCUAAAUCUUUGGUAAACAGUGUGAUGGGUUCAAGUACUGCGACGCCAACUUCACGCAUUUUAAGUUCUUUAGGCUCAUCAAAUGUAGAGGAUCGUGUCAAGCGUUUCAGUAUGAUUUUAGAAGAUGAAGAAGAAGAGGAAGAAGGUAAAAGGUCUCCAAUAGCAUCUACUUCAUUCGACAGGUAUAUUGCAGUUAAGAAUGAGUCAGCGAAAAUGGUCAAUGAUUCAGAUGCCUUACACCCCUGUUUCGCUGAUACGUCUGAAGAGGCAAUGCUAGAAGAAGAGGAAGAAGAACUUGCUACUGUUGCUGGUUUGGCAUGCUUUCGUUCUGAACUUUUAACUAAUCAAAUGGUUAAUCAUGUAUUAAGUAUAUCCGAAUCAGAAUUCACAUCAAAUGUCCAUGGAAAUGUGGUUUCAACUCGUCCUUGUUCUAGAACAAGUGGUUCUGCAGUUGGAGCAUCAGAUGGCGCUGAGUCAGAUGUUUCUCUUAGUCCCAGGAAUGCAAAUGGGACGGGUUUUGUAAGUUCUUUGAAUCGAGUUACAUCCACCACUCGUUCUCUUCCACCUGUUGAAACUCGAAGAAAGAAUACCUAUAGACGAGGACUUAUAUCGCACCGUCCACUUACUACAGUGAAGAGCAGUCCGCAGCUUCUGAAACAUUCUGCUGAAGAAGAUUGGAACAUCCAUACCUCAAUAGAAACCAAUAAUUCCCUCCACAUGGAUAAACGCAGAAAGAAAUUAGGAGAAUGUUUUAUACAAAAACCGGCUGUCUAUACUACAGCUGAAGAUAGUUUAGGAAUCCGAUCUUUGCGUAAUUCGUAUAACUUGUAA